GACCAUGAGCGGUCAAACUUGUUUUAGGCGGGACAUUUACCGGUUUUGACUGGUACUUUUGUGGGCCUGUGCGUCAAAAGGAAACUCGACCUUGACUUGUGACACAAUAUGGACACUUUGCUGGCUGCUGUCGGAAGUAACGACAUUAACGACGAAUGUUGGUCGCCUACUGCUGUAGUCCCGAAUGUUUUCACCUUUUCUCGUCCGUAUCAGAUGUGAGGCACCAUGCACGCUGGUUUGCACCAUUCCUGUUUGCUCUUCGGAGGCAAGUCCAAGCCAUUCAACACAAGUACGGUCCGGAAGAAAAGAAACCCAGAUCACAUCAAGAAAACUGGGACUAUGACAGCGAACUGUACGCGUUUGGCAAGCGCGUAGGGGAGGAUUUCACAGACGCCACACUACGCACGGCCCUGACUGACAAAAGUUACGUGGAGAGGGAGGAAGCGAGGAGAAAAGAGAUGGGGUUGGAGGGCGAGGCAGCGAAACUUGACAUUCAGGAUAACCAAGAACUGGCCCAAACCGGUGGUGUUUUUAUCUCCGAUUACAUCAAAGCUUACUUGAGGCAUGUCUACCGUCAACUCCCUGAGGAAGGAAUUGGUGCAAUCUGUGAGCAUUUAACAAGACAGGAGCUUCUUGUUUACAUUGGCAGACAUCUUGGGGUGACCGACAUCAUCCUCUGCGCAGAUUUCCCCAUCCCGCAUGAAGUCGCAAGCACUGCUCUGCAGGCCAUCGUAGGAGCCAUCGUACAAGACACAGGUGCCCAGAAAGCCGGCCUGUUUGUCCGCGACUUCAUCUUGUCCCAUCUGGUAGAUAAAGACAUCAAUGAGCUGUGGCCUAUCACUAAUCCGAUGGGGCUGCUGGUGGAGAUACUUGAAAGGGAAGGAAGGGCUUUGCCUGAAGCAAGGCUACUUCGGCAAGUGGGCACUUCUACUAUAAUGCCUCUUUAUAUGGUCGGUGUUUACAGCGACAAAAAGCUACUUGGAUGGGGCCCGGGCGAGACGCUAGCCAUAGCCGAGGAAGAAGCGGCAAGAGUGGCCCUCAAGCACGUCUUUGGUACCACAGAGAACAGCCCCCCAUUGCCACUGGAUCCGGUGAAAUGCAAGCAUUUGAAUACCACAGUCGCUGAGGAGGUUCAGAGGACACGGCUAGGCAAUCAGGCUGCGGUUUCCAGCUGAAGAAUUAGGCUAAAAAAUAGUGUGACUUCUGUGGCUCAUCAUGGACAGUUCACCAGUCAAGCCACAAUUUCCAGAUGAACAACUGUAAAGAGACUUCCUGUUGCUCAAUAUGGACAGUUAAGCAUUCAAGAGAAGGUUCAGGGGAGGACCAUUUUAUAAUAGUCGACUAGUGUUUGAUUUGUAACGUAACGUACGGCUGCAUAUUAAGAGUAACAUCCAAACGCCUCCAAUCUACGAUGGGCAAAACGCCAUCACAGAACGUCUUGGUCUUGGCUCCCUGCUGAGCAUUAUGACGAGCGUGGCUAUCAGUAAACAGCGAUGGAACCGUGCCUUGUGUCUGGUUCUAAAGAGUCGCCUGAAGUGGUCCAACCGUCCUUCGUCUGAUCCAAGUUAUUCAGACUGUAGUUAACGAAAUUAUAGUCCUUGCCUAAAAUUGAUCUGAGCUGCAUUGUUUAGACGAAGACAUAGACAAAAAAAUUGGCUCAGCACUGAGACACCCACGCUACCUUUUUCGUAUAUUUUUUGUUCCUCAAAGACCAGCAUUUCCAAAAAGUUUAUUGUUAAAAAGUGAAUUGUUAAUAUUUAGUCAAAUGUGUUCAUAUGCAAGAGCACCGUCAUUCAUAUUGGUGUUGGGGUUCAUCCAUCAUUAGUAAUAUUUUAAAGUGUCCUUACAACGCUUUAAGGAUGGGGUGAAACGUUAUGUACACUUUUAAAAGUAAAAAAAAAAAUGUAUUUUCCCUACAAAUUGCAAGUGCUAGUUUGGGGCCCAUUCAAUACUGCAGGUAUAAAGAAAAAGAAUUUUCAAGACCAAAAUGGCAGCACCAAAAUUUAGUGGGGGGGGGG